AACAACCAAUAUAUCAUAUCAUUUUCUACUAUUUUUCCCUUCUUCUCACUUUCUUUCCUAAACCAAACAGUGUAAAUCUCUUCUCGCAUCCCAUCUUGUCCUCUCAACCUUUACCGACUGACCACUGAUCCGCCGUCAGCAGCUUAUCAGCGCCAUCACCAACAACCGUAUCCUCCCUUCUCUUCUCUCUUCCAUUUGCGCUCCUUCCCUCUACAGUCUUCCCGUUUCUGCUCUCGGCCUCUGCACGCGAUCACCUUCCCCGGUCUCUCUCCCAUUCUCGUGGCGCUGUUCCACCCACCGUUCGGCCUCCAUGGAAAUUCCCUGGGUCACUCCGCUCCAUCAGUGGCUCUCCUAGCCUUCAACAGUGAAGAUUUUGGGGGUUGCCUUAAAUUAGGAAGGAGGGAAGCGAGGCAUUCAUCCGUUUGAUGAAAAUGAAGUCUCCAUAUAAAUCAAUGAUGGAUCUUGAUGUACAUAAGAUCAUAUUGGAUAUCUCUAACAAGAUAUCAAGCAAUGGUAGAUUUUAGGCAUGAUUUGAAGUGAGGAUAGAUAAAUUGUUUUGAAAUCAGCUGUUGUUGAAGCUUUUUGAAGAGGUUUCCACUUCAAUCUUUGUACAAACCCCGUCCUCUGCAAUAUUUUUUGCCCUUCCCAUCAAUUGUUUCUUCUUACGACGGAGGGUGGUUUCUGUUGAAGGACUAGUGUGUGGGAGGUCACAAGAUCAAUGACAUAUGAUAACAUCAUUUUGUGUCGUUUGGCACUUAUAGUUUCCCUAUGUUUGCUCACCUGAAGCAAGAUACACCAAUCCAUUGUAAACUAGGAGGAAAAAAAUCGAGGAUAAUAAAACUAAAAGGAAGAUGAAAGGUGUGAGUGUUUCGCUGUCUUGGAGAUAUCGACAAGGUGCAAGUUUAGGUGUGGUGAUGUAUGAGUAAUAACAAUCCUAAAGAAGGCAUAUUCAAGAACAAAAUAGUGUUGGUUGCAAUGGCCCUUGAUGCAACAACCUUUGAAAGCCUAAGCCCUUCUCGAUUUGUCUCCUUCACUCUACCCAAUCCAACUUGUUCACAUUCACUGCUCCGAGUUGCUGUCCUUGACUCACCACUUCAAUCCACUCAUCCACCUCAUGUUGCUGCUAUGUUAGUUCCUCAAGGCCGUGAAACUGAUUGGAUCUUCUCUACCAAAUUCGGUCAUCUCCAACUUCUCUUCACUUCUCCAGGAAUAUCCCGUUUGAUUUUGAUAGGAAACCAACUCAACGAAUCUGAUUUUGAUUCUUCACCAUAUAUUUAUCACCGUCCUUUAAAAUGCUCACUACAUCAUCAAGGAUUUGAGGUGUGGUCAAAACCACUUCUUCUAGCUUUGUCUCCCAAAUCUUUGUUCAAAAAUUGCAUCCCUGAGAUACCUAUUAUGAGUUAUGAAGAUAACUUAGUUUCUAGUGUAGUAAUACAUCAAUGUGCAAGUUCUCAUGUUGGUGAAAUGUUGGUUGAAGAUGUCGAAAUUGAAACUCAGAGUGAUAUGCAUCAUGGUUGCCUUAGAAUGGAAUUUCGAAGGCGUUUGAGGUUCAAGAGAAUGCCUAAUCUGAUUCAAACAGAGGUGCUUAUUGCUCCGGAGAUAGAUCCUGGUUCUAAUACUGUACGUAUUGGAGAGGCAAAGUUUGUUCCUGAUCUUCGGGUUUUGGUUCACCCUUACUUGGCACCUAUGGUGGCUAGUCUUUCAUUGAUUAGUGAAUAUAUAGAGCAACAAAUUCAAAAUGGGUUUAGACCAAAAGCUUUAUGCCUUGGUGUUGGAGGUGGGGCUUUGCUAACUUUUCUUGCAAUUCAAUUAGGUUUUGAGGUCAUAGGUGUUGAUAGUGAUAGGGAGGUUUUGAAAGUGGCAAAGAACUACUUUGGAUUGGAAGACUCUGAAUUUAUACAUGUUAUUGUUGGAGACGCCAUUAAAUAUAUGAAGAAACUUGCUUACCAUAGAACACUUCACAGUAAGAGUUCUUCUGUUGAUCAUUGUGAGCAUGAUGGUUUUGACCACUUGGUGAAUGGUGAGGUCACUGCUCAUAAAUUUGAUGUUGUUAUGGUCGACUUGGAUUCGACCGAUGUAAGAAAUGGUAUAAGUUCUCCACCCUUGGAAUUUGUUAGAAAGCGUGUUGUUCUUGCUGCUAAAUUAGUUCUUUCUGAAUUUGGAAUUCUUGCUAUUAAUAUCAUUUCUCCAAGUCAGUCCUUCUAUGACAAAUUGGUUAAUCAUUUUCAGAAAGUUUUCCAUGAGUUGUACAAGAUAGAUGUGGGGAAUGGUGAAAAUUGUAUUCUUAUUGCCUCAAUAUCCCCUCAGGUUUUUUCAGAUAGAGAUUGUAGUAACUCUUUUCUUUUGCGGCUGAAAUCAGUCAUUCCAGAAACAUAUAUAAAUUCCAUAAGGAAGAUAUAAUGUCUCACUUGUUGAAGCAAGUGCUUUUUAAAAAUCUUUCACCUCACAUUUUGCACUUCCAAACUAAUUGAAGAUGUAUUAGUUUUGAUACUGUGAUGCAAGAUGAAGAAUGUUUCUCUCGUGCAUCAUUGCCCUUCUUUAGAGAAGCUGCUUUAAGUCAAAUUGUUGCCAUCAGUAUUGGUUAAUUUGAAAGUUGUACUCAUACUUUAUCAUUAAGGAAGCUUAAUGGAAGAUUGUAUUCAAUAUUCUUAUCUUUCUGCUACCAAGUAUGAAAAGAUGCUACCUUUGAACAAUGAUUUGUGGAGAUGAGAGAGAUAAUAAAUUAUAGCUGUAAAGAUUGCA